UUCUAAAUGUAUUAGUGAGAAGUAAUUUAAAAGUUUAUGUUGUUGUUAUUAUUUUAAGUGUGUGCAUGUGUUGUUAUCCUGUUGUACCGUCGUUGCGCAAGCAACAUUGUAAUUUUAUUUAGUAAAUUCAUACCGCAUAAACAGGUUGAAUGACUUUAACUUGACACUGAGCGGUCAAACCGGAAACUAAACAACAACCUGGAAUUUGAAGCAUCUUACGUGUCACUAACCAGAGAGAACAGCCAAGGACCGCAGCAACGUCAUUUCCAGAGUCUUCAUUGAUGAGCCCAGGUUGCCCCGGUAACGGUCGAUAGAGACAGCUAGCAUGAAGGCUUUGAUUUUAGUCGGAGGUUACGGUACGCGCCUGCGACCGCUCACCCUGAGUGUCCCCAAGCCUCUGGUGGACUUCUGCAACAAGCCCAUCCUGCUCCACCAGGUGGAGGCGCUGGUCAAGGCUGGGGUUGACCACGUGGUCUUGGCGGUGAGCUACAUGUCCGAGCUGCUGGAGAGAGAGAUGAAGAUCCAGGAGCAGAGACUUGGCAUCCGUAUCUCUCUUUCACAUGAGACCGAGCCUCUUGGAACGGCGGGUCCGCUGGCGUUGGCUCGACAGCUGUUGGAAGUCGACAACGAGCCCUUCUUCGUCCUCAACUCGGACGUCAUCUGCGACUUUCCCUUCCAAGACCUCCUGCAGUUCCACCGAAACCACGGCCAAGAGGGCACCAUCGUGGUGACGCGGGUGGAGGAGCCGUCUAAAUACGGCGUGGUGGUGUUUGAGGCGGACAGCGGCAAGAUCCAUCGCUUUGUGGAGAAGCCUCAGGUCUUUGUCUCCAACAAGAUCAACGCCGGCAUCUACAUUUUCAAUCCCAGCAUGCUCGGCAGAAUUCAGCUCAGGCCAACAUCUAUAGAAAAAGAGAUUUUUCCUGUGAUGGCUGAGGAGGGACACCUGUACGCUAUGGAGCUGCAGGGUUUCUGGAUGGACAUCGGUCAGCCCAAAGACUUCCUGACAGGAAUGUGCAUGUACCUGCAGUCGCUACGGCAACACGCCCCAGAGAGGCUGCGCACGGGGCCCGGUUUCCUCGGCAAUGUUCUGGUGGACCCGACCGCUCAGAUCGGCGAGAACUGCACCAUCGGGCCCAACGUGACCAUCGGCGCCGGCGUGGUGGUGGAAGACGGCGUGAGGAUAAAGCGCUGCACGGUGCUGAAGGCGGCCAGAGUCCGCUCUCACUCCUGGCUGGAGAGCUGCAUCGUGGGCUGGAGCUCCUCCGUGGGCCAGUGGGUCCGCAUGGAGAACGUGACCGUGUUGGGGGAGGACGUCAUCGUCCACGACGAGCUCUAUCUAAACGGCGCAAACGUUUUGCCGCACAAAUCCAUAAGCGAGUCGGUGCCGGAACCGCGGAUCAUCAUGUAGCGUCACCGGGACGACCGUGAACUCCAAUGAACAUCCAAACAAAUUCAGAAUGAGUCGACGGUACCAAGGAGGAACCAGAGAAUCCUUUUUUGUCCCCCUUUUCGUUGUGGUUUUGAACCGUACUUGCCUGUCUUCCAGGCUCAGAUCAUGUGACGGAGGCAUCAGGAAGGACCAUGGUUCAAUGUCUGAGCUGUGAACAUCACUUUAAUACAAGAAGGGUCUUUACAGAGUAAAAGACCGCGCUUCAUUCAUGCACUGAAAGACGACUGAUUACUACCUUUUUUAGCUCCGUUUUUAGGCUGUCACUACUUGGUUUGGCCACUAGAGGGCAGCAGAGAAAUGCAAAACAAGUCAAAGCUCCCAGGAGAAAUAAUGACAACAAUAGUUCUUGGGUCUAACUGCCAUCAUAUUUUUUUUUCAUUCAGCCUUUUUUUAAAACUAACUAAGUGGUUCCUAAACUCUUUUACCACCUCAGGAAAAAAAUAUUAAUGUAAAGUAGCAAAGUACACCUAAAUAUUCAUUAACAACAAGACGGUAGUUUUAUUUAACGGCCUACUGAAAGCCACUACUAGCGACCACGCAGUCUAAUAGUUUAUAUAUCAAUGAUGAAAUAUUAACAUUGCAACACAUGCCAAGACGGCCUUUUUAGUUUACUAAAUUGCAAUUUUAAAUUUCGCGCGAUUUAUCCUGCUGAAUACGUCGCUGUAUGAUGACGCGUGCGCAGACAUUUUGAUCCAGCACCGAUCCCAGCUAUAAAUCAUCUGCUUUCAUCGCAUAAUUCCACAGUAUUCUGGACAUCUGUGUUGCUGAAUCUUUUGCAAUUUGUCCAAUUAAUAAUGGAGACGUCAAAGAAGAAAGAUGUAGGUGGGAAGCGGUGUAUUGCGGCCGGCUUCAGCAACACAAACAGCCGGUGUUUCAUUGUUUACAUUCCCGGAAGAUGACGGUGAAGCUUUACUAUGGAACAGAGAUGUCAAGCGAACAUGGUUCCCUACUACAUGUCAACCGGCAGGUUUCGGUGAGAAAAAUGGUGGUAUUAAGUCGGCUCUUACCAUAGACAUGAGCGGAGAGCUUGCGUCGUUCCUCAUGCAGCUGCGAACUCUCUUGCCUCCUCCCACCGGCCGCCCCCCGACCAUCAGAUACUUACACCGUGGAGGAGGGGGAAAAAAAAAAAUCUCAGCCCGGCUGCCUUCGCCUCGUAGAGGAAACAUGGCUUUAGUCGGAGACACUGGCGGUCACCACACUCGUGGCCACACCCCUCCGACUUUCAGGUUGUACAGGUACGACCAUAUAAUCUCACUAAAACACUAUUAACACAAUAAGCAGAUAAUGGAUUUUCCAGAAUUAUCCUAGUAAAUGUGUCUAAUAACAUCUGAAUCGCUCCCACUGCGCUUGUCUUUUUUUUCUAGUCCUUCACUUUAACUUUCCUCAUCCACGAAUCUUUCAUCCUCGCUCAAAUUAAUGGGGAAAUCGUCACUUUCUCGAUCUGAAUCGCUCUCGCUGUUGGUGGCCAUGAUUGAUUCGAAAUGAUCGCUGCAUAAUACACUGUACUUUGUGUGUGUGGUCCAAUCCAACCGUGUUCGCUUGACAUCUCUGUUCCAUUGUAAAGCUUGACUGUCAUCUUUCGGGAAUGUGAACAAUGAAACACCGGCUGUGUUUGUGUUGCUAAAGGCGGCCGCAAUACACCGCUUCCCACCUACAGCUUUCUUCUUUGAUGUCUCCAUUGUUCAUUGAACAAAUUGCAAAAGAUUCAGCAACAAGUGUCCAGAAUACUGUGGAAUUUUGCGAUGAAAACAGACGACUUAUAGCUGGGAACGAUGCUGGAACAAAAUGUCCUCUACAAUCCGUGACAUCACGCGCACGCCUCAUCAUACCGCGACGUCCGUGCAAAAUUUAAAAUUGCAAUUUAGUAAACUAAACCGGCCAUAUUAGCAUGUGUUGCAAUGUUAAUAUUUCAUUAUUGAUAUAUAAAUUAUUAACUAUAUAUUAAUUAAUAAUUAUAUAGUAAUAUAUUAUGUAUAUAUAUAUAUAGGAUAUAUUACUUUACAUGCAUCUCGACCACACUUGUUUUAGCCCAAUUCGCCCCCCAGUCAAGAAGUCUGGACACCCCUGCACUAGAUGGAGCCCGCAUACCACAGUUUGAGAAUCACAGAUGUCACAGAUGUCAAUCAUAUCUUGCUACUCAGCUGGUCUUCCUUACAUCUUCAAUGGUGAAUUCUCUUCAACGCUAUGCAGCUGCGGCGGCACUGCAGUGAAAACACACUUCCUGUCAUGCCCAGUCUGACUUGGAGGUGGGCCGGCUGGUGAAGAAAGUGAAUUUUUUUUUGAUGAGCAGUAGAAAAUGGAGCUUUGAUUAUGUGAAAUACUUCAGUAAGCAAAUCUUUGAGGCGGAGGGACUCGUAAGACUUGUACUGUACUGAUGAGUAAACCCCGUGUGGCAAAUCCUGAACGCAGUCUCAAAGCUUGGAAUCUCUUUGAAGGUCCACCGUGUUGCCUUCAGGGAGAACAACUUUGUGACCAUGAAGUGUUUUCUUCCAGAAUAACAGAACUCUUCAAACUGUCUUCUUUCUUUGUGAAAUGGUAAAUUGUUUGCAGGAGUCCAGUCUCUUUCAGACCUCAGAGUCUGCAGUGUGUGUGUGUGUGUGUGUGUGUGUGUUUGUGUGUGUGUGUGUGUGUGUGUGUGUGUGUGUGUGUGUGUGUGUUUUCUUGUAUUUCUAUCCUUCUUGAGACAUGAAGAAGGAAUAAUGCAAAUUGUAUUUCUAUCCUUCUUGAGACAUGAAGAAGGAAAAGUAUCUUCCAUAUGAGGAGGUGUGAAGAAGUGAUGACAUAAAUGAUGGUCCCAAUAACCCAUCUAUUUUCUACCGCUUAUUCCCUUUUGGGGUUUUCGGGGGGGGGGGGCGCUGGCGCCUAUCUCAGCUACAAUCGGGCGGACUGCGGGGUACACCCUGGACAAGUCGCCACCUCAUCGCAGGGCGGUCCCAAUAACAUUGCAUCUAAUAGAGAAUGUCUCAUUUGGUGACAUCUAUCUAAAUGAGGGUGGUCCCAUAAAGGAGGGAUUUUUCAAAUUGACUGUGUGUCGCUUUUAAAAGUGCUCCCCUUCGGGUCAACAUAUGAAAUAAGUCUGUAAAAAAAAAAAAUUGAAGUUCUCCCCCUCUGGCUAAAAUAUGUAAUAAUAAGUGUGUGUAGGAAAUGUAAAUGUGCCCCCUUUGACCAAAAUGUAUUAAAAAUAAAUGAAUAAAUAUCUCUGUA